CGGCGACUGCAGCGGCAGCGCCAGCACCAGCACAGGCAGCAGCGAAAAUUGAAAGUUGCACGCAGUGCUUAGAAAAUCGCAGACUGAGCAGCGUUUCAAAUUAAAUUUUUGUGUUUGUGUCUUGCAAGUACAGCGCGAGUGCCAUUUACAUACAUACAUAUAUACAUAUUUAUAUAUAUACAUCGAUUCCACCAUGCCAUUUCCCAUUCACCCACCGAAACAAAUGCCGUGCCCACAUUGGCAGCACUUCCCCAUCAGUCCAGUGGACAGCAAGCCGUCGCCCUUCGGGAAUGCAACCAGCAAUGGAAAUGGAGCGUCAGCGGCAUCAGUCAGCAAGCCCCCGGAGCCGGUCUCUUAUCGCUAUUGUGUGCAAUGCAAAGGAGCGAGCAGCAAUGCUGGCAACGAUGCGGACAGGGACAGGGACUAGACAACAACAAUCUUGAUGCACUUCACUCACCCACCCCCCCACUCAGUGCAGCCAUCACACCACAGCGAACCCGCCACACUCCAAAGCACCAUCGAAGGCAACAUUAUUUACCCAUCGGAACGCCUCGUGAUUUCUAACUCAAGAGAGGCGGCCGCGUGUGCAAACUUUGAAUUUAAUUAAACUCUUUAGUCCAUAAGUUUUUUUUAAUUUUGUUUUGUUAUCAAGCAGCAUACAACCAUAUGUACAUACAUACAGAAGUGUGUACACACGCACUUGCAUAUGUAUGUAUGUAUGUUUGUGUUGUUUUUUUUUAUUUCGUUUUAUUUCGUGUGCCAAUUGUAAACAUGUUCUAUUUCUGCUUAUGCCCCCUCCUAUCCAUAAUCUUAAGAUAUUUUUUUUGUAUGCAUGUGUUUUUUCUGCAAAAAACGGCAACAAUUUGAAGACUAUUUUUAGUUUAAGAAACCAUUGAUAAAGUGUAAUAAACAAAACAGUUAUACAUAUACAAAAAGCAAUAAAAAUACGCGCGACGCAUUAAAA